UGUCUCUCUGUCCCUAUCUCUCUCUCUCUCUCUCUUUACCCCUCUCACUCUCUCUACCUCUACCUCUCUCUACCCCCCUCUCUCUCUCUCUACCCCUCUCUCUUUCUGUCUCUCUCUCUCUCUCUCUACCUCUCUCUACCCCUUUCUCUGUCCCUCUCUCUCUCUCUCUCUCUCUCUGUGUCUCUCCCCCCGUCUGUCUCUCUGUCUGUCUCUCUCUCUCUCUGUGUGUCUCUGUCUCUCUCCCCCCCUUCUCUCUCUCUCUGUCUGUCUCUCUCUCCCCCUAUCUCUGAGAUAUUAUGUUAUGAUUUGAUGUUCUACAAAUAAAUACAGAAGAAGGCAUAUAGUGUGUAUAUAGUAUGUCUAUGUGUGUGACCGUCUGUGUGUUUAUGUGUGUGUGUGUGUGUGUGUGUGUAUACAUACAUGUGCACAUAUACUUUUGUGAACGUAUACGUAUAUGCAUGUGUCUACGUGUGUGUGUGAGAGUGAGUGAGUGUGUGUGUAGAACAACAAUAGAACCAGGGAGGAGGGGGAGCAGAGGAGGAGCAGCGGCGGGGGGAGCAGCUUCCUCUGGCGGAAGGAGACAUCGUUGCUCCUCGUUCCUCCUCGUUCCUCCUGCAGGACAAUGUGAGCGCCACCGACUCUGGAUCUAAACCCAGCGAACAGUCGCAGAACCCCGGGAUGGAAGCGGCCACCGUGUGACGGACCCCCAGCUCCACCGCGACCCGCCUGUGUGUUUCAAUCCGCCUUUAGAGCUCGGGAAGCGGCCGCAGCGAUGGGAAGAGGCCGCUGAGCGGAGCGCGGCGCCAGGGCCGAGACGCGGAGAAAGAUGGGUGUCGUGCUGCGGAGCGUGUUGUUGUGUAGUUUCUGUUUUCUCAUCAGAGCCGUGCCCCUGCUGCUGUAUGCAAACCGACGGGACCUCCGGCUCGUGGACGCGGCUCACGAGAAGGCCAACGCCACGGUGGUGGUGGGGGGGCUAGAAGACGCCGCGGCCGUGGACUACGUCUACUCCCAAGGCCUCAUCUACUGGAGCGACGUGAGCGAGGAGGCCAUCAAACGCACGGUCUUCAACCAGUCGGGGGCCAGCACGGUGCAGAUCGUGGUGCAGGGAUUGGCCUCCCCGGACGGACUGGCGUGUGAUUGGCUAGGGAGGAAACUGUACUGGACGGAUUCAGAGACCAAUCGGGUGGAGGUGGCGGAGCUGGACGGGUCUCUGAGGAAAGUUUUGUUCUGGCAGGAGCUGGACCAGCCGAGGGCCAUCGCUCUGGAUCCAGAACGAGGGUUCAUGUACUGGACGGACUGGGGCGAGAUCCCAAAGAUCGAGCGGGCGGGGAUGGACGGAACCAAUCGAUCCAUGAUUAUUGAUAAGGAGAUCUACUGGCCCAACGGCCUGACGCUGGACUACGGUCAACAGAAGCUGUACUGGGCCGACGCCAAACACAACUUCAUCCACCGAGCCAACCUGGACGGCUCCUCCAGGGAGUCGGUGGUGAAGGGAGAGCUGCCUCACCCCUUCGCCCUCACCCUGUACGAGGACACUCUGUUCUGGACCGACUGGAACACACACUCCAUCCACUCGUGUCAGAAACAGACCGGCACCGAGCAGAGGAUCGUCCACUCGGACAUCUUCUCGCCCAUGGACAUCCACGUCUUCAGCCCCAAGAGACAACCCGUCUUGAACUCUCCCUGCUCGCUGAACAACGGAGAAUGUUCUCACCUCUGCCUCCUGUCUCCGAUGAAGCCGUUCUAUCAGUGUGCCUGUCCCACCGGAGUCCAGCUGCUGGAGGACGGGACGACCUGCAGGGACGGUGCGACCCGGAUGCUGCUGCUCGCCCGGCGCACCGACCUGCGGCGGAUCUCCUUGGACACGCCGGACUUCACCGACAUCAUCAUGCAGGUGGACGACAUCCGCCACGCCAUCGCCAUCGACUUCGACCCGGUGGACGGGUUCAUCUACUGGACGGACGACGACGUGAAGGCCAUCCGCCGCUCGCAGCUGGACGGCAGCGACGCCCAGUUCGUGGUCACGUCUCAGGUGAACCACCCCGACGGCAUCGCAGUGGACUGGAUCGCCCGGAACCUGUACUGGACCGACACGGGGACGGACCGCAUCGAGGUGACCCGGCUCAACGGGACCAUGAGGAAGAUCCUGAUCUCUGAAGACCUGGACGAGCCCAGAGCCAUCGUGCUGGACCCUGUGGCCGGAUACAUGUACUGGACCGACUGGGGCGAGGUGCCGAAGAUCGAGCGAGCCGAUCUGGACGGACUGGAGCGAGUGGUGAUGGUGAACACGUCACUGGGAUGGCCCAACGGCCUGGCACUGGACUACGAGGAGCGCAAGAUCUACUGGGGAGACGCCAAGACGGACAAGAUCGAGAUGAUGAACAUGGACGGGACGGGCAGACGGGUUCUGGUGGAGGACAAACUGCCGCACAUCUUUGGCUUCACGCUGCUCGGGGACUUCAUCUACUGGACGGACUGGCAGCGCCGCAGCAUCGAACGCGUCCACAAGCGCACGGCGGAGAGAGAGAUCAUCAUCGACCAGCUGCCCGACCUCAUGGGACUCAAGGCCACAUACGUGCACCAGUCGUUCGGUACCAACCCGUGUGCAGAGAACAAUGGAGACUGCAGUCACCUCUGCCUCUACAAGCCCUCAGGCGUCCAGUGCGGUUGUCCCAUUGGACUCGAGCUGAUCGUGGACAUGAGGACGUGCAUCGUCCCCGAGGCCUUCCUGCUCUUCUCCCGCCACACGGACAUCCGCCGCAUCUCCCUGGAGACCAACAACAACAACGUGGCCAUCCCGCUCACCGGCGUCAAGGAGGCGUCGGCCCUCGACUUCGACGUCACCGACAACCGGAUCUACUGGACGGACAUCACCCUGAAGACCAUCAGCCGGGCCUUCAUGAACGGCAGCGCUCUGGAGCACGUGGUGGAGUUCGGUCUGGACUAUCCGGAGGGAAUGGCGGUGGACUGGCUGGGGAAGAACCUGUACUGGGCCGACACCGGAACCAAUCGUAUCGAAGUGGCCAAACUGGACGGGCAGCACCGCCAGGUCCUGGUCUGGAAGGAUCUGGACAGUCCUCGAGCUCUGGCUCUGGAUCCGGCUGAAGGCUACAUGUACUGGACCGAGUGGGGGGGGAAGCCAAAGAUCGACCGCUCUGCGAUGGACGGGACGGGUCGGAGCACCCUGGUGGCGGACGUGGGCCGGGCCAACGGCCUCACCAUCGACUACGCAGAGCGGCGCCUCUACUGGACGGACCUGGACACUACACUGAUCGAGUCCUCCAACAUGCUCGGUCAGGAGCGUGAGGUGAUCGCUGAUGACCUCCCUCACCCGUUCGGCCUCACCCAGUACCAGGACUACAUCUACUGGACGGACUGGAGCCAGCGCAGCAUCGAGCGAGCCAACAAGACCAGCGGCCAGAACCGCACCGUCAUCCAGGGCCACCUGGACUACGUCAUGGACAUCCUGGUGUUCCACUCGUCCCGACAGGGCGGCUGGAACGCCUGCGCCUCCACCAACGGUCACUGCUCCCACCUCUGCCUCGCCGUCCCGGUCAGCAGCUUCGUCUGCGGCUGCCCCGCCCACUUCUCCCUCAACCAGGACAACAAGACCUGCAGUGCUCCGACCUCCUUCCUGCUCUUCAGUCAGAAAACAGCCAUCAACCGGAUGGUGAUUGACGAGCAGCAGAGUCCUGACAUCAUCCUGCCGAUCCACAGCCUGAGGAACGUCCGCGCCAUCGACUACGACCCGCUGGACAAGCAGCUGUACUGGAUCGACUCCAAGCAGAACGUGAUCCGCCGGGCGCAGGAGGACGGGAACCAGAGCAUGACGGUGGUGGCGAGCUCGCUGGGCGGAGCCAGUCAGGGGCUGCAGAUCUACGACCUGAGCAUCGACAUCUACAGCCGCUUCAUCUACUGGACCAGCGAGGUCACCAACGUCAUCAACGUCACCCGCACGGACGGCAGCAGGGUGGGCGUGGUGCUGAGGGGCGAGCACGACAAGCCGCGCGCCAUCGUGGUCAACCCGGAGAGAGGGUACAUGUACUUCACCAACCUGCUGGAGCGCUCGCCAAAGAUCGAGCGGGCGGCGCUGGACGGCACCGAGCGCGAGGUGCUGUUCUUCAGCGGCUUGGGGAAACCCGUCGCUCUGGCCAUCGACAACGAGCUGGGGAAGUUGUUCUGGGUCGACUCGGACCUGCGACGCAUCGAGAGCAGCGACCUCUCCGGAGCCAAUCGGAUCGUGAUCGCGGACUCCAACAUCCUGCAGCCGGUGGGGCUGACGGUGUUCGGGAACCAUCUCUACUGGAUCGACAAGCAGCAGCAGAUGAUCGAGCGCAUCGACAAGACCACGCGAGAGGGACGCACCAAGAUCCAGGCUCGCAUCGGCUACCUGAGCGACAUCCACGCCGUGCACGAGCUGGACAUGCAGGAGUACAGUAAACAUCCGUGCACCUGGGACAACGGCGGCUGCUCCCACAUCUGCAUCGUGAAGGGCGACGGGACGACUCGCUGCUCGUGUCCCGUCCACCUGGUGCUGCUGCAGGACGAGCUGUCCUGUGGAGAGCCCCCCACCUGCUCCCCGGAGCAGUUCUCCUGCACGUCGGGCGAGGUGGACUGCAUCCCUCAGGCCUGGAGGUGUGACGGUUACGCCGAGUGCGACGACAGAAGUGACGAGGAGGAUUGUCCCGUUUGCUCCGAGGCCGAGUUCCAGUGCGACAGCCGCCAGUGCAUCGACCUGAGUCUGCGCUGCAACGCAGAGCUGAACUGUCAGGACCGGUCGGACGAGAGCAAGUGUGAAGGUGUGACAGUGCGAUGUCCUCCGGAUCAGUUCACCUGCUCCAACGGCUUGUGCAUCGGGAAACACAAGAAGUGCGACAACAACAUGGACUGCACGGACAACUCGGACGAGCUGGGCUGCUAUCCGACUGAGGAGCCUCCUUCUCCACCCAACACCACCAUUGGAGCCAUCGUGGCUGUGGUCAUGGCGUUGUUCGUGGUCGGCGCCGUGUAUUUCGUGUGUCAGCGCGUCCUCUGUCCUCAGAUGAAGGACGAUGGCGAGACGGUCACUAAUGACUUCGUGGUUCACGGGCCGUCGUCUGUGCCGCUGGGCUACGUCCCCCACCCCAGCUCUCUGUCCAGCUCCCUGCCCGGAAUGUCCAGAGGGAAGUCUGUGAUUGGUUCCCUCAGCAUCAUGGGCGGGAGCAACGGGCCGCCCUACGACCGCGCCCACGUGACGGGGGCGUCGUCCAGCAGCUCGUCCAGCACCAAGGGAACCUACUUCCCCCCGAUCCUGAAUCCUCCUCCGUCCCCGGCCACAGUCCGCUCCCAGUACACCAUGGAGUUCGGCUAUUCCUCCAACAGCCCGUCCACCCACCGCUCCUACAGCUACCGGCCCUACACCUAUCGUCACUUCGCCCCCCCCACCACCCCCUGCAGCACCGACGUGUGCGACAGCGACUACACGCCGGGACGCCGGGCGCCGCCCAAGUCCAGCGCCACUGCCGCCGCCAAGGGCUACACCAGCGACCUGAACUACGACUCGGAGCCGUUCCCGCCGCCGCCGACGCCCCGGAGCCAGUACCUGUCGGCCGAGGAGAACUGUGAGAGCUGCCCCCCCUCGCCCUACACCGAGCGCAGCUACUCCCACCACCUCUACCCGCCGCCGCCUUCGCCCUGCACGGACUCCUCGUGAGCCACGCCCACUGCCCCGCCCCCUCAACACAGCUCCGCCCCCUCACUGUUAAUAGCAAUUGUGCAUAAAUGAGGCUAAAAUGGGAACGAGAGACUGAGCGAGUGAGCGAGCGAGCGAGCGAGGAAACAGGAGGAAGAGAGAAACGGAGCCGACGGACAUUUGUACAAAAAGAGAAAAACAUAUUUAUAUAUUUUCUAUACAGUGUUUACUGAUGACAUCAUCGACGUUUGUAUUAAGAAAUUUGUACAUUUUUUAAGAAAAGGUUUUUAUUAAAAUCAUCACAAAUAUACGUUGCCUUAAAAACCGACAGAGGACGACGCUGAAGGACGAGAAGCAGUGAAACUGGGCGGGGGGGGGGGGGCGUUCAAAUGAACUGAUGCCAAAUAUGAAAACAUCUUGUGGCGGCGGCAGGAGACCAGAGGAGCCCCUCCCCCCCUCACAGCAGCCAUCUUGUCUGCAGUGACCAUGUGACACGGGUGAGGACGGCGUGGACGUGACUCAUGAACAGAGACGUUGAAGUUCAAACUCUAAGCAAUAAAACAAAAGGCACAUAUUUAUCUCCAGCGCCUCCCAGCAGGAGGCGCUACCGAGGCUCAGAGGACACGAGCCAGAAGCUGCUUCUUCUUCUGAGGAAAUCUUCUCCAGCUGUGAUAGAAGUGUCCUUGUGUCCCCUCCAGGCCUCCGUACUAACAUUCUGUCACGUGACCCACAUCCAGGAGAUUUAAACCAAAACGUUUGCAUAUGUUUGACUUUUUUUUUGUUUUCGCUGAAACGUUGAGAAACGCGACUGCGACAGUUUUAAUGUUUCACGAUCAUCGGUUAGUUUUUCGUGGAGGAAGCAGCGCCCCCCCGAGGACGCCAUCUUGUGCCUGAGCAGUUUCAUCUCCGUGUUUUUUAUCGUUGUUCCGUGGAGGAAGUCACUGCCCACUAAAUGCUAUAUAGUAUUUUUGUACCACAUAUUGUGUAGAUAACGUAUUUAUAAGCUCUAUAGAAAAUCAUUGUAAAUCUUUCAUUGAACUCUGCAGUACUUUUCAUUCCGUCUUUUUUUAUAUUGCAUCAUUAUAUUUUUCUACAGAAAAUCAAACGGCGACAAUCCGCGCUCGGUGGAGUUGAGGAACUUAUCCAGGUUUUCAGUGUCUGUUGAUGUAGCGUCGGACUGUCUGUGUUGUUCCCUCAUGGAGGCGUCGGGAGCCGGGUCGGGAGCCGGGUCGGGAGCCGGGUCGGGAGCCGGGUCGGGACCAGAGGAGGAACCAGAGGAGGAACCACGACAUGUGGGUCUGGGUUCUCCUGGUUCCUCCUGGUUCCUCCUGGUUCCUCCUGGUUUACUUUGUGUUUCACGUCCCUGACGUUCGGUUCGAGAGGAAACUGAACUCGAGUCGGUUUAAAUCACAAAGUUCAAGUUCUAUAACUUCGUCUGUGACCAUGUUACCAAGUUCUCAACAGACCUGAGACGUCUUCAAUUUUAAACUUUUAUAUUUCAGUGAAAUUUCCGACACUAAGGUUUUAAAUUAAUGAUUAUGAAACAUUGAUUUAUCACAUUAAUGAAGUUUGUGUUGUUCAGGUAAAGAAUCUUCUCGUGAUUAUUGUCACCGGUUUCUAAUCAACUUAUAAAGACGUGUUCAAUGUUUUCCAGACUCGAUUAAAGACCCGGAUCAAUAACAUGAAAUCUGACAAAUUCAUGAUUUCAUAUUUACAGAUGGACAACAUGGAGUCUCCAAAGUGCCAAACUGUCAGUUUAUGAAUCUCAUGCACACAAUAUAGUUACUUUACAAUAUUUCUGUGCGCACAAUGUUUUUGUUUCGUUGUUCGAUUUAAAUAUUGAACGUUUGUUCAGUUCUGUUGAGAAUCUUCAGAUCGAACAAAACAUCUGAUCAAUCUGAACCGAUCUCGAGCCGGAAGUUCAGUUCAUCUCCCGCUGCCUCCACACGUCCUGACCCCCGCCACAGCUGUCCACUGUGUUACCUGUGACACACACACACACACACAGACACACACACACACGUCUAGUUAAUCAUCUGUGGAGAGAUUCUCAUUCGCUAACUGCACUUUACAGAACUUUUUAGCUGAUUUCCGGUACAAAACGUUGUGGUCGGAGUAAAGUUUUGUAAAGUUGAUGUGAACAAAGGAGAGAAGAAUCUGAGGAGUGGGACGGACCAUCAGGUCUCUAGAGUCUGGACCAGACGUCUGUUAAAAUUAUUCCCUCGAACCAUUUUGAAUUAGUUCAGUUUAAACCUCAAACUCUGAAUUCUUCCUUCAGAUCAAUGAUCAAAUCAAAGUGAGAAGAGAUUCAGUGAAGAAGUCAUUUGGGUUUGAUUUGAUAUUUGAGGAGUAAAAUGUACAAAUCUGACGGACACAGUAGAUUGAGGUGAUUUCUGCUCAAUGAUGUAAAUCAUGUUGAAUUGAACUUGAUCUGUAGAGAAUCAUCUGACAGCUUCUCUUUAUUCGUUCUUAUAUCAAACCUUCAAGUUUUUAAUCUAAGAAGCCAAAAAUAAUCAAGUAUUAUAUAAGAACACAAACUGGAAUAAAAUUAGGUUAUUAAAUGUUAAUAUUGAUAUUUUUCUUUUAAAUUUCACUCAAAGUUUGAUCCUUUAAACGUGAGGAUGGAAGGUCAACGAGGUCGUGACCUGACAGAUAUUUAACUUUCAACAUGUCGAGGUUUGAUUCCUAGUUCUGAUCAUUUGUGGGAAUAAUUUAUCAAAUUGAAAAGUUCCUCCAGACUCUGGGAGAACUCGUCUUCGGUCGAAGUGAAACAGAAAUGAGUCGAGGCCACGUCUUCUUCCCGCUCGGGCUGACCUUUGACCUGAAGGAGACGUUCAGGUCGUGAAGAACGUUCGAGAAAAAGGUCAAAGGAAGUAGAAAUGUUUUAACAGAUGAUUGAAACAUGUCGUGUUUUAUAAUAGUGAAGAAGCACUUUGGUGUCCCGGUCUCUCGGAGGCUCGAACAGGAAACGGAAGUUGGUGUCGUCGUGUUUUGAAACGUCCGUUUCGAUCCCGCGGUGCUUUGCCAGGAAGUGGAGACGACGUGUGGUUCGUCUCGUGCACUCACUCUUUAAAAUGACUGCUCAGCUGUAAACCAUCAGAUGAACAGCGCCACCCAGCGGCCAACAUAAGCUGUAACUCAUGAAAUGCUGAUUUUUGUUUUCUUUUUGUUAAAUAUAAAGUGAGUGAACUUUUA